UUUGACGCCACUGGGCAGGCCGUUUAAAAUUACUGGAGCGCAUGUCUUGGUACGUGGUUGUGCAUGAGCCAUUCCAUGCAUGAGCCCGCAUGUUCUCGGGCGUAGUACCAGCGUAGCAGCAAGGUAACAGUGCGCAUGUGAGAUUGUGUAAAUCGCAUGGCAUGUAAGCUUUGUGAUCGUCAUCAGUGAAUGAGCGGUUUCUUCAGAAAUUCGCCGAGAAGCCAUUCAAGAAUGGGAGCGUUAUUAUCCGUGCUCGUGUACACGGCGAGGUCCUACUUACGCGAACCAGUGAGCCGCAAGCACCCAUUCGGUUUUCCCUUGCCUCCCGAGAUCCACAAAACUCUCACACCAGAGUACAUUGAGUCUUUUAAGCAAGUCUUUGUCGUCGGCGACGUGCAUGGUUGUUAUGAGGAGCUCAUGGAUCUCCUUGCCGUUGCUAAAGCCAGGGAGAAGGACACACUCAAGUUGUUCGUUGGCGAUCUUGUCAACAAGGGACCCAGAAGCGAAGAUGUUCUCGAGUUUCUUAUCAACCACCGUUCGUCUUGUCACUCCGUCCGUGGCAAUCACGACGAGGUGGUGCUUCGGGAGUACUACGCCUCACGCAACCCAAUGUAUGCUCUCCCUGCAGAGAAUAAUUGGAUUAAACAGCUCACAAUGUGCCAAGUCCGCUUCCUUGAGCAGCUUCCCUACACUUUGCUUAUGCCAAGCCUCAACACUGUCAUUGUGCAUGCUGGUCUUGUUCCUGACCAGGGACUAAGCACAUCACUGAUGGACAUGGUCACCAUGCGAAAUGUCAUUAUUGACGAUUUCUGGGAGAAAGGCGGCAUCAAGGCCACCUGUAAGGAUGAAGAACAUGCUGAGCCCUGGGGCCAAGUGUGGAAUGGGCCACAUCAUGUCAUUUUUGGCCAUGAUGCCAAGCGCAAGCUCCAGAAGUGGCGCCACUGUACGGGACUUGACACUGGGUGCGUCUACGGCAAUGCACUUACUGGCAUAUUCAUCACUGGGCCAAGGGCUGGCGAACUGGUGUCGGUGAAUGCCAAGUGCACCCACCAAAGGCCUAAGGACAAGCAGAAGUGACCAACUUUCUCUCUUGUGCCUCAUUAGUAACUGGAACAAAGUGCUCUUCAUUUAUACGCAUCGUGAAGUCAAGGGGGAAGUCCGCUGGUGUUGACGAGAAGCACAUCUCUGUACAAGACUAGUCAUAUUGCAGAAGGAGCUUGCUUACCCUUGGGCCUCUUGAACUCUUCUGGUUGGGAAAUUGCUCCAUCUUCAACUUUCCUCGUUCAUGUCUCAGAAGGGCAUAUACCUCCGACUGUGAUGAUGGAAGCUUUGUGAUAUUUUUGUGAUAGGAUGUGUAAAAAAGAGGGGGGGGGGGGCAAUGUGUUUUGCCAUGGCUUCCUUGUUCUUAUCAACACCAAGGUUACUCAAAAGUGCCUAUGAAGUGUGCAUGUGUGCUUCAGCCCCACCUUGUGGAAAAAAUUCAUUCAACACUGGUGAAUAAAAAAGCUAUUGUGCCUUGUGCCGAAGGGAAAAAAAUAGUUUGGACCUCAUUACCUAAAAAGGUUGUGCUUCUGAGAAUAAUUCGAGGCACCCACUUGAUGCAGUAACAGUGAAAAACAAUGUUCACAUUGCUGUUAGCAUUAACAGCAAAGUUAGCAGCACAAUUUCUUGUCAGCAUUUGGCUGAUGGGGGCACCAAGUGAUUCCAAAUUGUAAGCAUGGACUGUGAAACUAUUUGAAACUUUCAAAUAAUGAAUUGAGAAAAGUAAAUUUGAAACAAAGGAGUUAACAUUCUGCUGAAUUGUGCUGGAGAAUGUCAAAAAGCAUAUGUAGACAACAUUGUUCAUAGCCAGCCAUGCAACCUAUAGCAAAGAUGUGUGGAAUAAAAUGCACUCACUAUGGUUUUGAUGAGUGGUAGCA